UCAUAGGCCGUUGACUACGGGAGCGUAAUUCCGAAUGGUUUUGGGUCACCUGGGUCGAUCGAUGACCCGUUUCAUCUAUCAUUGAAAUCAGGAUCGCCGGUGUUACGCGGUUGUCCAGAAGUUGGCGUACGUCGACAGGGCCGUAGAAUUCUAGAAGGGGGUCAUCAUACGAGGCCGGCACCGUCGAACGCACCGAGCCAGGACAGUGUACGAACGUCAUUCGGCGCGGACUGAGCGGCUAAAGGCGCGUUACUUCCGAGCGGUACCGUCAUUUCAAACAAUUCCUUCUGCAUCUCUUUCAUUAUAAUUUUACAUUGCAAACAUUUAGUGCAAUUCACGAUUAAAUUGUCAGGAACAAUCGAAGCGGCGCAGUGAGAGAAAUCAUAGUGCGAGGAAAUUCAUUCAAGGAGAACCAGGAUUAUAAUUGUCUGCGCGUUUCUUCGCGUGUGGAUUACAGCAAAUCAAAAUUAUAGAUAUAGAGGCCGAUUAAAAAAUCACUUGAUGCGCUGAGGAUGCGCCGUGAUUUCUGCAACGGUGGGCUUGCCUGCGCCGUUGUGUGGGUGUCAUCGACCUGUCUGCUAUUAUCUUUGUCAUCAUCGGUCACAGCAGAACCACCGUUGAAGACGGUAGGUCGAUGCCCAUCCUUCGAGGAGCAGAACGUGUGCCCAUCGCGAGCGCCAUCCUGCGAAAAUGACUUCCAAUGUCAAGCUGGGGGUGAACGUUGCUGUAAGACAUCCUGCGGUAAGAAAUGUGUCCUCGGCGAGCUGACAGGAUGCGAGCAAUUGGCCCAAGCAGCCAUAAGAAGAUCCCGUGCCCUGGGCCCUCGUGGACUAUCCCAAUUCAUACCAAAGUGUAACAACGAAACUGGCGAAUUCGAAAGGAUACAAUGCCAUCCCCGUGAGAACAGGUGCUGGUGCGUCGACAAAAUCGGCGCUGAAGUUCCUGGAACCAGAGGGUCCAGCAAAGAUGUUAUCGACUGCGACAAUCCUAGAAAAUGUCCAGCUCAUAGCUGUCGAAUGUUGUGUCCGUUAGGUUUCGAGAUUGAGGCUAAAACUGGCUGCCCGAAAUGCGAAUGCCGGGAUCCUUGCCGCGGCAUCAUCUGUCCAGGGACCAGUCAAACGUGCGAGUUGAUUGAUGUAACGUGCGCUCGUCCACCGUGUCCGCCAAUUCCCAGCUGUCGUAAAGCGAAAUCCCUGUCGACUAUAUGCCCGGCUGGUGAACCGUUGCAAAUCACAGAUUCACCGAGGCCAUUUCUCUGCGGCGACUCACCCGGCAAACCGACCUGCCCGCCGAUGUACAGCUGCUUGGUGGAGCCGAAACAAGAGUACGGAGUCUGUUGCCCUUCGAGCAUCAAUCUGAAACGAGCGGGAACAUGCCCGUUAGAGGAACCGGCUAUAUGCGGCAACUCGUGUCAGCAUGAUUUAGAAUGUCCUGAUCCACAGAAAUGCUGUACCAGCGAGAAAUGCGGCGGAGGUGUUUGUUCUAUACCUCAAGGUCUUAGCGCCUGCCAUAGGGACAGAGUGCUGGCCGAGAUGCUCAGCAUAUCCGAGAGACAGGGUCGCGGAUACGUCCCACAGUGUACCGAAGAUGGAAGUUACGAGACCAGACAAUGUUCGAGGAACGGACUGGUUUGUUGGUGCGUGGAUAACAACGGUCGGAAGAUAACCGGCAGCAUGGGACCGGCGGAGAAAGUCGAUUGCAAGUCGAUAACGAAGGGGAGGUCCCUUCCGGCAUCCUGCGUUUCCCAGCAGUGCGCACAAGUUUGCCAGUACGGCUUUAAAACCGAUGCUUCCGGCUGUCCAACUUGCGAAUGCGAUAAUCCUUGCGAAGGGUUUCCUUGUCCAGUAGGAGAAGAAUGUGUACUAAAUCGCGAAGAUGGUUGUCCAGACUUUCUUUGUCCAACGAGGCCAGAAUGCAAAGCGAAGAAAACUUACAAGAGCCCCUGCGUCUAUGGAACUCCUUUAAUCGAUGAAGAACGUAACGCGGUGACAUGCUCAGCAAAUGAUACCUGUCCAAUGGGUUAUAAAUGCACCGCUGUACCGGAAGCUGGACAGUCGGUGUGCUGUAUGACCUCGGCUAAUUCGACCAAGCCACAGACUAUGUGCGAGUACCUGCGAGAAUUCAACGACCGCAUGGAAGGGACAAGGGAUGACAUGUCCUUGGCAAUACCACCUCCUCAGUGUGAAAAGGAUGGCAGCUACAAACCUCUUCAAUGUCACAACAGCACCUGUUCCUGCGUGAAUGACAGAGGAGUGAUAUUAAAGACAGGAGUAAAUCGCAGUACCGACUGCAAGGAGAUAAAGGACCUUUUGAAACUAUGCGGAUCUCUGUCUUGUGAUUUAGCUUGUCCUUACGGUUACGAGGUCGACCCAACAGGCUGCGAGCAAUGUCGCUGUCACGAUCCUUGCAAAGACGUCAGCUGUGGCCCUCAAGAGACCUGUACGAUGGUGGAUGUGAAUUGUGGUUCUGGACAACACUGUCCAGCAGUUCCAGCCUGUUUAGCUACGAAGCCUGGACAGUGUCCGUAUUUGGUUCCCAGCUCGUCCAGUUGCGAAUUACAAUGCAAUAACGAUCAGGAAUGUUCAGCGUCCGAAAAGUGCUGCUCCACCGGCUGUGGCACGCAGUGCGUUGCUCCAGUGAUGGCUACUGCGUGUCAACACGCGCGCGCAGUGGCGGAACACGCAGCUAGGGAGUCUGGAGAACCGGCGAGGAGGACCUACAUUCCCAGAUGCGACGCCAGUGGAGCCUUCGAGCCAGUCCAGUGUCACAACGGAAUGUGCUGGUGUGUAGAUAAGGAGGGUAGAGAGGCAGCUGGCACUCGUGUCCUCGAAGGCGUAGUGCCAAAAUGUAACACGCCACUGCGAUGUCCAGAAAUUGACUGCAAGUUGGACUGUCCUGAAGGAUUCGAACUGGACCCAGACACAGGUUGCCCGACGUGUUCCUGUAGAGAUCCCUGCAAGAGUGUAACGUGUAGGGGUGAAAACGAGGCUUGCAGAAUGGUGGAGGUAGCCUGCAGCAUACCACCCUGUCCUCCCGUGCCUGUGUGUCUCCCUAAGAAGGACAAUCCAUGUCCUAACGGGUCUCCGCUACUGAACCCGGAUGGAUUACCUGCAACCUGUGGCCCGCAUGGUCAACACUGCCCUUCCACGCACAAAUGCGAAUUGUCUCCCUUAAAUGAAUACGCUGUGUGCUGUCCAAAACCUCGCGAAGUCUGCUUUGAACCACCAAGAAAAGUAUCGUGUAGUCUAGGGAUAAGUACGAACGAGACAGAGAGAUGGUACUUCGACCCAGAACGCAACGAAUGCAGAAGGCAAACAGAGUGCACUCUGGGUCACAAUGACUUCUCCAGUCGUCUGGUCUGCGACACCGUCUGCCCUGUAUUGUCGCAAUGCGAGAGGCUCCGAGAAAAGAACUUAAAAACAUCUCAGAGACUGAAACAACCGACCUUCCUACCUAGAUGCGACCCGGAUAAUGGCAUGUGGGAGCCAGUCCAGUGUUUGGAACACGUCGGCGUUUGCUGGUGUGUCAACAGAAAGGGUCAACCGGUGAAGGGUUCGCUUACAAGAGGACCAGAGCCCAAGUGUAACUUCAGACAGGCCAGACGGGGAGGCAGAGGACCGGCGGUUCAAGAAAUCGACCAUGAAAUUCAGGCUUUCAUGGAGAACGCUCUGAUAAACUUGGAAAGCGACGACAAGCAAAUAGAAAAGGUGUUGGGUACUAGGUGUCAGGCGAUGAAGGACAGAGGACACGUGCCGGCCAUUUGUGACCGUCAGGGGAGGUUUGAACCAACGCAGUGCGCUGGUGACACCUGCUGGUGCGUCGACGAGGCGGGAAAUCAGUUAAUUGGAUCUGAACCCUUCUUGAAAGGAACCAACAUAUGCUUGCCAACCCCAGUAGAAGCUGUCGAAGUCAGCCUACGUUUCCCCGGUAGAUUCUUAGCCGAUGACGAAGCUACCUUCAUCAGACAAGCAGGGGAUCUCCUGCAUGAUUUAGGCGCCAGAUUGAGAAACGACAUACGCGUGGAGAUCAAUCAAGAUUCAGCUCUGCUCAGUUUUGAAAUAAUAGGACCUAACAAGGUCGAUGUAGCUUUCCAUUUGGAGGAAUUGACUCGAAUCCAAAAAUUGUCCAUGUUGGGUUCUUUCGCGGACGCUACCAUGUCUCGUUUCACGCAUAGAUCAACCCCAAUGGCUAUGCAAAGUCGAAUAGUCGCACUGGAACAACGGGAGAUCCUCACGGAAGUAGAAGCUCCGGUUUAUCAGACAGCCACUCUGGUUCUGGCUGCAGGAAGCGCUUUCAUAAUCAGUAGUUUAUUGAUUCUGUUAAUGUUGUACCGUAAAAAGAUGAAAAUGAAGGAUCUAUCAAAGGUAUUGGCAACGGACCAACAUUUUCUCGCGUACCAACAACCUGUCUAUGUGAUAUCAGGAGUAGAACAGGACGAGAAGAAGAAGGACAUCGCUGAAGCGCAGGACAAUACAACGUCGGACGUGAUCGUGGGAACAUAGAAUGAUCGACGGAUCGAUGAUUUUCAUUCCAUGCGCGUUAUAGUCAUGAAGUCACAUUCUCGUAAUCCAUUUCCCCUCCUUACUACGAUAAAAUAUUUAUUCUUGAAUACGAGAUACAUUGCGACUGGCUAGAAUCGACGGUCGACCGAAUGGAUUGCAAGCAGUACUUCCUUCAUCGUGCAUUAUUUAAUUCACAAUACAGGAUGUACAAACUUGCGAUAGAGUUUUUUUUUUGUUUUUUUCAAGGGAGGGAAUUAAUUCGGUCGAUCGCCGAGGGAAUAGUUCUUAAUUUAAGAAGAACAAUCCGAUUUUCUCGCGGGUCUCAUACUCUCUGCUUCAUCUAAAACGUCGGAGCCGCUAACGCAAAAGUGUCCUGGCCGGAGAAUAAUGACGCGAGGAUAUCGUUGCGUUAAUGUAUCAUCGUGGGUGUAAAUACUAGACUCAUAACUGUGUUCGUUUAUUUAUAUAGCUCAAUAAAAACCAGAAAUUCCUUUAUUCAA